GUUAACUCUGACCCAUGGAAGAUUCGCCAAAGAGAGAGAAAACGACGUCGUCGCCUUCUUUGGAACGUAAUCCCGUUGUUUAGUCUACGGUGAAGGGUCCAGAGGAGAACCGAUCUAAUGGGACUGUUUGUGGUCAACAGUCGAAAUCACCGUAUGAUGUGCGAUCCCUGCAUCAUCCAACGGCUUGGAACUGGCUUGCAUGAUGAUAAUGAUAACACUCCCUGUCUACCUCUUUGACACCCUAGAAACCUGGGCAUCCCGAUUUUGAAACGGAUACUGACGCUCGAUUUAUCGGACACAAGAUCAAUUAAAGAGAGCGACGGCAGCGGCCUCCAGUCAGCAAAUCACAGGCCUCCAUCGCAGUUAAUCUCGUGAUGCUUGGUGGUUUUCAGAUCUGCUGCCGGAACCGGAGGAGCAUGGUGAACGGAACAUCGUAGAAGCAGGCGAGCGGUGAUGAGAGACCGUAGGACUGCGAUGCAGAGGUUCCGUCAGGGGGCGAUCUCGGCUGUUGGAUCGGUGAAGAUUAAGCUUCUGAUCUGCAGCUGCAUCGCUUUCUCGGUGUUCGCGCUCGUCAGCCGCACCGCGGAUUCUAUGCGAUGGAGUCGUCGUACUGAUACCCUCGAUAUCUACCCUGUUUCAAGGAGGGGUUAUAAUAUUGUGAUUAACACUUGGAAGAGAAAUGAUCUUUUGAAGCAGUCCGUCUCCCACUAUGCAUCGUGUUCUGGGCUUGAUUCUAUACACAUUGUGUGGAGUGAGCCUGAUCCUCCAUCAGAAUCUUUCAUUAAAUUUCUGCACCAUGUUGUGCAUUCUAAUUCCAGAGAUGGUCAAAAAAUCGUAUUGAAAUUUGAUAUCAAUAAGGAAGACAGCCUGAACAACAGAUUCAAAGAAAUUAAGGAUUUGAAGACAGAUGCUGUCUUUUCGAUUGAUGAUGAUAUUAUAUUUCCUUGUUCUUCCGUAGAAUUUGCUUUCAAUGUCUGGCAGAGUGCACCAGACACAAUGGUAGGAUUUGUUCCCCGUAUGCAUUGGAUUGAUCAAUCGAAAGGCAAUACAGGUUCCUAUGUUUAUGCUGGAUGGUGGUCUGUUUGGUGGACGGGUACAUACAGUAUGGUACUUUCAAAGGCAGCUUUUUUCCAUAAAAAGUAUUUCAGUCUGUAUACGAAUGAGAUGCCAGCCUCAAUCAGAGAAUUUACAACCAAAAACAGGAACUGUGAAGAUAUUGCAAUGUCAUUCCUUGUUGCAAAUGUAACUGGUUCUCCCCCUAUAUGGGUGAAAGGUAAGAUAUUUGAGAUUGGUUCAACUGGAAUCAGUAGCUUGGGAGGUCAUACUGAAAAACGAUCCCAGUGCGUGAACAGAUUUGCCAUGGAGUAUGGACGAAUGCCCUUGGUAUCUACUUCCAUGAAGGCUGUAGAUAGCAGGAGCAGCUGGUUUUGGUGAUGCUGGAGUUUCUCCUACACUCAGUUGUUGAUUUUCCUCUGAUUUUGUUCAGCUGGUUGGGCAAUUCCAAUUCUUCUUUUUCCUGCUUGUAUAGUACUGAAGGCUGUAGAUAGCAGGAGCAGCUGGUUUUGGUGAUGCUGGAGUUUCUCCUACACUCAGUUGUUGAUUUUCCUCUGAUUUUGUUCAGCUGGUUGGGCAAUUCCAAUUCUUCUUUUUCCUGCUUGUAUAAUACUGAAGUUCUAUCAAAUUUACGCCAUUUUGAAGAUAGAAGCUGAUUCAGCAUUUUCAUUUAGGAUGGUAUCUUGUAUUCUUUAUAUAGUAACUUGAUGGGCAGUCGCCAUUUUUGACAUUUCUCAUCAUUGUCAGUUUAAUUGAACACGCUAGGGUUUUACUUGCA